AAUAUGGCGUCGAAGUGAUCAAGUCUGAGAAGAAUGUCUUAAAUUUUACGUUAUAGCUGUUUUUGGUGUUAGCAGAUGGUUUACAACAAUAUGGAGCAGUCAAACUCAUUAAUCGAUCCCCAAGAUGAAGUGAAAAAACUUCAAGACUUAGUGAAGAAACUCGAGAAACAGAACGAAUUACUUCGAAGCAAACAAAAAUUACAGACGAUUGAUUCCCAUCUCUCAAAUGGUGAUCCCGAUAACAAACCAGUCGUUACAAAACACACGGAAUCUAACGAUAAAUCUAAACUGACUAAGGAUUGUUUAAAAGGUUUAGAUGAAGUAGAAAUAGUGAACGUCGAUGAAUUGUCUCUGAAAAAUGAAGAAGAUGAAAGCUGGUUGUAUAGUUCCCCUAAGGCCCCUACCCCACAACAAACAAAAGUUAGUCCAUAUAAAUGGGUUAGACAGGAGUUUGAUCAUCCAAGUCCUGAGCUGAUAUCUGGAAGAAAGUCGUUACUUUCAAAGAUGGAUGAAGUCGCUAGAAAUUUACAAUGGGUAUCAUCAGUGAAUCGAAGUUGCAGCACGCCUACUCUCGGUAGUUCACAACCCAAUUCACAAUCAUCCCCUCUUAGUAGAUCAACAGAAAAUACUACCCCUUAUGGUAUGCACCCUUUAUCUAGGAAAUCACUAUUAGCUUCGUUAGGAGGUGGAAGAGUGGAUACCGGAACAUUUACCAGACCACGGAAAAAUAAAGAUAGAAGUCGUUUACAUAGUACGGAGAAAGAAAAUGAUUACCGCGACGAUAGAAUACCUGCUGUUAGUGAUAUAGAGGCUGUUGCUAAGUUACAAGAAGAAAGUUUACGACAGAGUAUAACCCAUCAUCCAUCACCACGACGAGGCUUAAAUAGAAAAGGUUUUGGUUUUCUCGGGGCUAGCGACGCAGAAAACAGUGGUUCACCGAUUGGUUCCGCACGUUCCAGUCCAGCAAGAUUUGAUGAUAGUGGUGUGUUAGAGAGAUAUAGAAAUAGUAUAGAUUCUGAUGGUAGUAGUCCUCCAGAUAGUCCACAUGCUGCACAACAUAGUUAUAAUUAUGAAAAUGGUGGUAAAAGAAGUUUACCAAGUAUGAGUAGAAUACAACAGUACUCCAGUGAUUCUAGUCUUGAUCAUCAAUCUGUCGGCAGCGAUGACGCCAACCUGGCACCAGAGACACGCCCUGUUACACGCCUACAGCAACCAUCAAUACGAGCCCCAUCACCAGGCUUCGGUUUAAAACAACCCAACUCGGGGUUACGAAGGGCUGUGUCCCCUGCUCGAAGUGGUCUUCCUCAACCUAUGAUGCGUAGAACAAUACCUCGUCCUAAUGCUGGACGAUCGUCACUACCAUCUCCCAGAAGAUCAAAUAUACCCUCUCCACGUCCCAACGUUAACUCAGAAGCUGCUGACAGUUGGCGUGAAGGAUGUUUUUAAUAUAUGUAUAUAUAGAUAUUACCGCAAAACUUUUAACAAGACUUGUCGUGGGUGUAAAAACGUUGCUAACGACGACGAGCAUUACGAAGGAUGUUUUUAUAAGCUUGAUAGUGAUAACAAAACAGUUCGACUUGAUAUUUAUUUUUUAAGAUGGAGGUGGGAAUUUUAUUCUGCUGUUUUGUUUUUUUAAUCGAAAAAUAAGUCGUGUCUUUUUAUAGUGUUCGUGCCAAACCAGUAAGAGUGAAAUACAGUAACAGACGACAGAGUGAUGUUUACAUAUUGAUAAAACAAGUCACACCUGGAAAUAACGCGUUCCUGAUCAAAUGUUGUGUGCAAUUGAAGUUUUACAGGAAAGAAGAAACUUUUGUCUUAUAGAAUGACAGGGCCUAGAAGAACUUUGAGCUCGACAUUAUCAGUGUCUCAGGGGCUUUGGAGGUGAGGGCCUGAAAGAAUUGUGAGUGAUGAAACCUGAGUUAUCAGUGACACAAGUCUUAUUUCCAGGCUUGGUGACCUGUUAAAAUUGGAUAAUGCUUACUUAUUAAUAGUUACAGGAUAUUAGACUGGUUUGCUUCUACUGACAAAAUAACAUUAACCUGAAGCAGACGUGUUUCUAAAAAAAAAAAAUGAACAAGUUCCAAAACUGGUUUUUGGAAAGUUUUAUGAAAACAUAUUUUCUGGUUUAAGUUUUUUUACAUCUGUUUUUCGGGGUUUUUUUUUAGACUCAGUAGCCUUGAUCACUCAGCACUAAAUUCUCUCCCCUUUCUCUAUGAUGAUAUUGGUGUCAGCAAAAUCGUGUAAGUUGUCUAGACAUUGACAAAGGUCAAACAGAUUUCUGUACAUCUUAUGAUUGGGUGAGAGUCAUACUGACGUUCAUCUGCAUGUAGAAUGCAUUUUUAAUGGGUGAACUGAGACAUGAUCAGCCAGACCAAUAUUUGUUGUAUAAAAAGUAGAGACAAUUUGACCUGGAUUGAUUGAGAUUGAAAUUAUUUAAAGAGAAAACUUAAGCAAUUAAAUGUAGAUGUAUACAAGAUUGCAAUGUUUAACUGGUUUAUGGUGAAAUGGCCUUACUAUUGAUAAAUAACCAUGUGUGUUAGUAUCCAGCCGCGACUUCUUUAUCGGGGUUUGAUAUACAGUAUUGACUAUUUCAAACCGAAUAAAUAUAAUGUAGAGAAUUAUCCGUGCUGAAUCGAAAUAGUGGUUUGUCUAUUAAUAUGUGCUAUUUUAUGAUAUUAAAACCAAUCAGAUAACAAAUAGAGUCAUCGGAACUAGUGCAUUUUAGAUGAUGUGGUUUUAUAAAUUGAUUUUAAUGUCACAUGAAAAGCCUUUUGUAGUUCAGUUAUUAAUAUUUUUUUAUAGAAUGCCAUUUUAUCAAAGAGUAGAGUGCACAAGGGCACUUUAACUUUAAUGUACAAUAAACAAAUUAUAUUACAUGGAUGUAAUAAGUAUAACGAUCACAAAUGUUAGAAUCUUAAUUGUCACUCACAAAAUUUGUUAAAAAUAGGAUACAAUUAUAAAAUGACACGGAUAAUUAAUUUUGAGCUUUUUUAAACAAGUGAGUUUUAAGCUCUCCUAAACAAAAUGAGUUUUAAGACUUAUUUUAAAAUUUGAUAAUGUAAUGCUGCUGUGGAAAAGAUACGGAAGAAGUCUAUUUAAUGGUUGUAUACGAUGGGUUUUUAUGUCUAAUAUAAUCCUAUACUUGUAUCUACUGCCUAAUAUUGAAUGUCCCAAUACUUAUUCUAGUAUAUACAUCUCUUAUAUAAAUCAUAUAUCAUGCUAGUCCUAAAUAUAAAUAUCUCUUUUCUAAAACACUAUAAAUCCUUUUUCUAGAAAUUGAAGCCACUGUGACUCAGUGAGUAAGACAAUUGCUCACUAACCUGGGCAAAAUCCCCCUCAUAGGACUGUAUGGCCAGUAGGACAUUUUCCAUGUUAUUUCAUUUCGACCUUAUGAAUAUGGAGCCAGCUCACUACCAUGGAGGUCCUCGUUUCAUUCCCAGUGUUGGUCUAGAAAGAUUCUGGCAAGAAAAAGUGUCUAUUCCUUUGGAUUGGACCGAAAACCAAAGUCCUGCAAAUAACACACACUGCACGUUUAAGAUUCCCCUGACUGUUUGUAAUCAAAAUAUCUGCAUGACUAUGUAUGUCGGUCAUCAUUGGCUUUGUUAAACGUUCAAUCUAUAUCAGAUUUGCGUAAAAACAAUGAUUUAAUUUUAUUUCAAUGUUUUUAAAAAAUUCAAAUGAAGACGGUUUCGUUUUGUGUUAAGAUUGGAGCAGUGAAUAUAAAAAUGAUUUUGAACAUUAAUGAAGGGUCUGAAUGGUGAUUAUAGCGUGUUAGAAAAGAGCUGUUUAUAUUUAGAAGUAAUAUAAUACAUAAAGAUGUCAUCUAGUCAUUGUUUACAAUCAUGAAAUAUUUAAUAUAUUCAGAUAUUACAUAUUUGGAUAGAUCCAUGACUAAUAAUCAGCAAUAAUACAAAAUCAAUAAUAUACAGUAUAGAGAAACUUGAUUGGUCUAGAGUUAAAAUCUAUGAUAGGGUUUUUUGUUUUCAGCCAAUAAAAAGACACUUUGAAUCGGUAAAAUAGUUUAUUUUAAAUUUACAUCACAAUAGAAUAGGUCUACGGAAAUACACAUACUCAAUGGUUGACCAGUUAAAAAAUAAAGACUGAUCGAAUGUUUUGUAUUGUUUCUGGUACACUUAAGAGUUAUGGCCCUUUUGGGAUACUUGAUUAACGUUACAGAAUUUAAUCCCAAAAAUUAUGAAAAACAAGUGAGCGACAACUGCAUAAGAAAAUAUCUCAGCCUAUCAUCACAGCUGAAACAUAUUAGUUGUGUUUAAUUACGUAAUGAUUCUACUCACACCAUCUCCGUUGUCUUGACUAAGAAACUGUGACAGGGCUCAAUUCCACGUCACUCGAUUUCAAUUCUAUCAAUAAUCAGGACGUUCCGGCUGGCAAUUGUGCAUCCCAGCAUCUGUCAAUGUGUAAUGCAGGUAGCCAUAACCUAAUCAAACUUCAUUUAAAUGAAAUAAUUUUUAAUCUUGAGAAUACCCAGUUUUAUAUUUUUGUCGGGAGCCUAAUUUCCUGGAGGUGGAAUUUGUCGUUCGAACUAAAAAUUGACACUCAAAUCUUUUUUCUGUCCAUGCUCAAAGCACUUUGCACUUUAAUCGAUAUAUUUUUUGCCAGAAAUUUACCUUUUUUUAUUCUGAAUAACUUUUAAAAAAAUAUUGAAAGUGAUCAAAAAUCUUUAUAAUUCUUCUUAUGGAAAUCAAUUUGUUUUGCACACUAUUUUGAACAAAAUAAUUCCACCUCUUGGAAAUUAAUUGAAUAUUGAAAGCAGUAAUGAUGUAAAUUUCUUGCCUAUUUCGGUUUGUAAAUUCUAAGAAUAUGUAUACAAAUAUUGUUGAAUCUACUUACAUAAAAAAAUUUCGAAGCAGGGUAAGAACGCAAGGGUUUUUUUUUUUCUGAUGCAAGUUGAAAAGAUGUAAAUAUGUAUAAUGACAUAUGAAAAUAUUGCACCUUUGAAAAUAAUUUUCUGUUUUACUGUAGAUGUAAACGAACAAGUUAUGAUAUCGGGGGUCUCUGUAUUUUAGUGACGUCAUUGUCUGAACCAAGACAUUUUGUGGCAAGUGUGUUUUUCCUAAUUAUUUUCAUUCAUAAUUUCUUAUCUUUCAUUUAGUUCUCUAUAAAAAUAUCAUUAAAUUCUGAAUAUUAUCACAGAUUUGUUCAGUGUUGCUAAAGUCAGAAUAAUUUUAGGUUUGCAUCCAAAAGAAUUGCCAUGGUUGCAUACAGGGUAGUAGAUGGCUAAAGUACAUUGGUGGGGGGGGGGCACAGUUUUUGGAAUGGGAUAUUGAUUGGGUAGUUGCAAAUCUAGGCCACAAACAAGUAAGCCCUUGGGGGGAGGGGGGGGGCUAGAGGGUAAUUGCCAUCCCCCUUUAAGAUCUAGUGAAUGCUCCUCCAUACCCCCCUCCCUCCAGUGUAUUUCAACAUCUAAUGACCAAGUAAAUUUAUUAGUAAAUGUGAAGAAUCUGUUAUAGUAGGAAAAAUAAAAUACUGAAUUGGCACCUCAGAACUAUGCUUGGCAUUGAUUAACACAGUAUGAAUCAAACUAUAUUUGACAUAAAUUAUAUGUUAUUCCUAUUGACAUUGACUGGAUAAACACUAGACAUUAUCUGAUAUAGAAUAAAGGUUAUUUACUAUCACAAUUGACAGACAGAACCCAGACUGUAUCUGAUAUAAAUUAUACAUUAUUCCUAUCACAUUUACAGGAUAGAAACCAGACUGUAUCUGAUACAAAUUAUACAUUAUUCCUAUCAUAUUGAUCUCAUGUUAUAUAUCAUUUAUAUAUACCAAUAUAUCAUACAUACCCUAUAUGUGAACAGCUUGAUUAUAAAACAAGAUUAUCUCCCUUGAAGUGUUUUGAGACUAACAAAACAUGGUUAUAAAAUGCAUAGCCUAUUAUGGGAAGAGUCUGAAUAGCAAAAAAAAGAUUAUCUCCCUUGAAUAGGAUAGGGUUUAAUGUCGGAAUACUUUGGUCAUUUAGGUCCAGGAACAAACCCUGUACAGUAGGGGGGGUAGGUGGCCAAAUGCUUUAACAUAUGCGCUUUGGAUUAUGACGUGUGUCAUUUCGUCAAGUGACAUGUUUUUGAUUCCCCAUUUGUAUGUGACAAGGAGUAGGGUUAUCUGUCCAACCUUAUGGGUUUUCUCUGGUUUCCUCAUAUUGCUAAACACACCUACAUGCAAGUGAAAUAUUGAAAAUAAAAUGAAACCAUAUGUUAGUCCCCAAAUGACCUAGUUUGUAUCGAGUGGAUGUUAAACUAUGUUACAGAUUGGAUAUCUUGUUUUAUAAACAAUCUCUUUACAUAUAUUUACAUAUAUAUUAUAACUUAUUUAAUUAGGUAAUUAAACUGAUAUAUAAAAAUUGAUAAAAUCUCAUUUUAUAUGGGUGUUUGGCCCUUAUUAUUACAGUACUUUGGUAAUUUAUUUAUUUCUGACAGACAAAAAGGAGGAUAUAUAAUUUAUGAAUCUGGUCUCUUAUUUAAAAACACUGAAAUCUCUUAAAAUCCAUCUAAUUUUAAAGAGAACUUGGGUCGAAGUGUCAAUUGUUUUGCCGAGAUACAACCCAAUCAAGAUUCAAAUAAAGAUAAUGUAUUAAUCAUUAUUUGCAUUUUUCAGACAUCUUGUUUUAAACAGCUUAAUCCAUGCUAAAAUGUAUUCAAAGAAACCAAACCAAAAUAUCAAUACAAACAAAUAACUAAUUUUAGGGAGUGACAUUUUAAGAGGUUUAAGUUGUAUGUAAUUGUAAUUAUGAUAGUUAAUUGAUAUAUACACCUAAUGAUAAACUCAUUUAUAUACUGGUCAUAUCAUAUACCGGCUAAAUAUCAUUAUCUAUUAUAGCAAGAACUUACAUAAUGUAUCUUUAAUGUAUACACGUGAUGAUAAACUUGUUUAUAUAUUGGUCAUAUCAUAUACCUGCUGAAUAUCAUUUAUUAGUCGUGUUGGCAAUCUUCAGGUGGGUCGGGGAGGUAAUUUCCAUAUUAAAAAUUUUGGGUAAGAUGGGGGUUACAAUUACGCCAGUUGUAGAACUACAUUUUGGGGGCCCUGAGUCUUAAACUGUUAUUAGCAAAAAUUUAAGAAAGGCGAACUAAAGAUGCGUCUGGUGCCCCUCCAGGAUUAUGGGCCCCUGAUGCUUAAGUUUUAUUAAUUUCAUCGUAGAUCCACCCCAGAAUUACACUAAAUUUAAUUCUUGUGGGAACUUCUGACCUCCAUAACCAGACUAUGCACUCUUCCUUAAUAGUGUCAUUAAUUCAAGAUUGACUCUCCCUUAAUAGUGUCAUGUUGAUUCAAGGAAUACAACUCUCUUGUUUGACAGUCAGAUAAGUUGAGUAAGGAUACCCCGACCACUGUCCUUAUCCUGUUUUUCAAAAUUAGAGAGUUAAUAUUUCUUACAUAUAUCUGCCUUUCGGUUAUGUAAUAAAUCAGAAUCAUUUGUUUUGUAUCUGUAAUCUUAUAGAUUAGGACUUGCUGUGAUGAAUUCUAUUGAAAAUUUAUAUUUAACCAUAUAUCCUUGCUCAAAUAACCUAUGAUAUAAUAUAUUAUAAACUUAUAGAGAUAUUAAAUAUAUGUAGGUAUUCAAACAAUGUUAUUCAUGUACAAAUAAAUAAUCUUUUAGUCAAAUACAAUCUUUAUGAAAAUAAUGUCAGGAAUGGUUAUGAUGGUAUUUGAAACCUCACACUAUAGCUAUGUUGAGAAUGAGAGAGAUAUGGCUCUUCUGAUUAUGUCUGUGUUCUUGAAAUAAGAAACACGGUUCUUCAGGCAUGUGACAGUUUCACCUUUGUUAUGAAUUAUAAGUUGGAAACUAUGGUUACCAAAAUAUGGAUUAUGUCUUCCUCUUGAUAUAAACUUUUAGGAAUAUGAAAGAAAAAUAACCACAAAUUCAACUGUUUUUAUAAUUCUUUGGUUUGGUAAGAAAAAAGCUUGUAUUUUAAUUGGAGCUGUUAAGAUUCCUCUUGAAUUGUUAAUUUAAGAUCAUUUAUUUCAGAAUUUCAUUUAGUUAUUUUAAAUACUGUGUAAGUAAGUAGUUGUUAUACCAUGACAUUAAACAAUUUAAACUUGGGAAUUUUUAAUUUCCUCAAAUUGAAUGUGUUUUUGUGUUGAUGUAAGAAUUUGAUUGAUAAUCAUUAAACCCUAAUUUCGCAAGAGCUCGAAUUUCAUGCGAGCUCAAUUUUCACAAGAGUUCCAAUAUAGGAUAGCAAUAACAUCAUUCUUAUAACUUUUUAAGUUUUUUGUUUCCCACAAUUGAGUGAAAUUGCACAUACUCAGUUUUCACAAAGUUUUAUAAGUUUUUAUUAUUAGUCUACCUACAAAUAUAUAAUUUGUUUCAUGAAACACAACACAAGUGUAUGGAAUACAUGUUCCUUGGAUGUUUAUAUCUAACCAGGUUUAGACAAGUUCUCUCCUGUUUCUGUAUGAAAAGGGUUCUCCUGUUUCUAUAUGGCAAGGAUUCACCUGUUUCUUUAGAACAAGGGUUCUCCUGUUCCUAUAUCAAGCAAAAAUAUAAGAGAAGAUGAGAUGUAGCCAAAACUACUAGAGAACUCUCAUGAAAAUGAAGCUAGAAAUAAACGUCCAAGUAACGCAUAUCCCAUAUAACAGUGCCAUGUUUUAUUUUGAGUCGUUUACUAAAUGCCACUUGAACAAUUUAUAUUUUUAUUUUGAAAGUACUAAGAGUUGACUGUGAAUGAUGUAUCUGUUAAUAAGAAUAAAAAAAGACAUUUUAUUUUAUUCAAAUCAUUUGUUUAGUGCUAAUGUAAUUUAUGUAGUUUUAACUCGACAGAUGUUUGUUAUAUAUACAGCCAAAACAAUUUAAAUUUUUAGUUCUUCGGGGAUCGUGAUAAAUAAAUAAAUGACCGCAAUGAUAACUAAUGAUUUGUAUGAUACUGGUGCAUAUAUAUAUAUAAAUAUAUAUAUAUAAUUCAAAUGGUAAAUUUAAUAUAAGUUUAUUAAGGAAGAGUUAUAGCAAGGUUAAGCUUCUUAUUAGAAUAUAUUAAUACAUUAUUGUGUACAAUAAUGUUUCCUCUGUUGUUUCCUCUGUUGCUCAGUAAGACGCUGAAUCACACAUUAGGAGGUCUCGGGUUCACUCCCAGCAUUGGCUGAGAAAGUUCCUCAGAAGGAUUUCCCUUGUCAGUAGUGCAGGACAGAGGGCCUAGCAAGAACAGUGUCUAGUUGUUCGGAUGGGCCAAAAAACAUCUCAUGUACACAUUGGCUUGUACGUAAGAGAACACUUUACAGUUAGAAUUCGUAAUAAGAGUAUGCCCAUCCUCAUUUGCCCAGUAGAUGCUGAAAAGUAGGAUGUUAAUCUGAGUUAUAUUUUUAUUGUGACUAAUCUUAUACUAUUGUACAUUUAAAAUAUAAACGCUGUAAAAAUAUUUGAUCUAAAUUGAAGAUCCUUGCUGUACAUUAUUUAAAUAUAGAAAUUAUUUCUUGGUAAAGGUGCAUGUUUACCAGAUCCCCGUAAAUAUGUAAAAUAUGAAUUAAUGCUACCAUACUAUUAACAAUAAACCACUUGACUCAGAUUGAAGUAAACACAAAUGCUCUGAUGA